AUGACCAACGGAGAGCCGGAAAAGAUCAACACUAGCAUUGUGACCCUUACCCGCUUCCUCAAUGAAGAGCAGGUCAAGCAUCCCGAGGCCAGCGGUGACUUUACCCUCCUCUGCCACGCCCUCCAAUUCUCCUUCAAGUCCAUCGCCUACUACAUCCGCCGCGCCACCCUCGUCAACCUGACCGGCCUCGCCGGCUCCUCCAACACGACGGGCGACGAGCAAAAGAAGCUCGACGUCAUCUCCAACGACCUCUUCAUCGAGGCCAUGCGCGCCUCCAACAAGUGCGCACUGCUCGUUUCCGAAGAAGAGGAAGACAUCAUCUACUUUGGCAACGCCACCGGCGCCCGCUACGCCGUCGCCUGCGACCCCAUUGACGGCUCCUCCAACCUCGACGCCGGCGUCUCCGUCGGCACCAUCUUUGCCGUGCACAAGCUGCCCGACGGCUCGCCCGGCUCAAAGGCCGACAUUCUCAAGCCCGGCACCGAGCUCGUCGCCGCCGGCUUCACCAUGUACGGCGCCUCGUCGCAGCUCGUCCUCACCAUGAAGGGCGCCACCGUCAACGGCUUCACCCUCGACAACGGCAUCGGCGAGUUCAUCCUCACCCACCCCGACAUGCGCAUCCCCCGCAGCCGUCCCAUCUACUCGGUCAACGAGGGAAACUCGCUCUACUGGGAGCAGCCCACCAUUGCUUACUUCAACUCGCUCAAGGAGGCCCAGGAGAAUGGCAAGCCGUACUCGUCGCGCUACAUUGGCUCCAUGGUCGCCGACGCCUACCGCACACUCCUCUACGGCGGCAUCUUUGCCUACCCGGCCGACAAGAAGAGUCCCAAGGGCAAGCUCCGAAUCCUGUAUGAGUGCGCCCCCAUGGCCAUGGUUUUUGAGAAUGCUGGUGGCCAGGCCGUCGACAGCAAGAUGAACCGCCUGCUCGAAGUCGUCCCUGAACACAUCCACGACCGCGCGGGCAUCUUUCUGGGUAGUUACGACGAGAUUGAAAAGGUCAAGAAGUUUCACAAAUAA